CGCAUGCGCAGUGCCCCGGCAUGUGUCCCAGGCUUCUCUGAUCUCCACUUCCGCAAGCUUCGGACAGCAGCCGAGGAGGAGGCAAGAGGCGGAGGAGGCGUUGGAUAGGAAGACAGUAUGUAUAAACUUCUUUUUACAUACCGAAUUGGACUUGGAUUGAUUGCUGGUGUCGCCUCUGGAGUUGUAGUUUACUUGGUGUAUCAGAGACAUCGGAAGGAGAAGAAAAAGGUUUUCUCAAAGCAAAAUGGAUAUCGUAUACGCACACUAUCAGAGCGUGAUAAUGUCGCUACGUCAUCAAAUUAUUCACAAGCGCUAUCAGGAAGGGAAGAUGUGGUGGUUGUAUCUCAUGGGGAACAGAUGGAGUUGUUGAACCGCCUGGACUAUGUUCUUGGCAGCAUUACAGAAGUGAAGCAGGAGGUUGAAUCUUUGCGGAACAGUCUUCAUGGGUUAGCCGAAGAUAUUGUAGGAGAAAUUCGGUCGUACCUGGAAGAGAACCAGAAGACCAUCCGGCGACGGAGAGUCUUCCCCCAUAGAGAGAGGACCGAUUCUACUGGUUCCAGUUCUAUUUAUUUUACUACUAGUUCUGGGGCUACACAUACCGAUGUGGAGAGUGAAGGGGGAUACACUACAGCAAAUGCCGAAUCUGACUAUGACCGGGAAAGUAGUAAAGCGAGUGAGGAAGAGGAGGAAGAUGAAGUCAGCUGUGAAACUGUGAGAACAAUGCGGAGAGAAUCGGUGGAUCUUGUGACAGAUGAUGAAGCAACAAUAUUGGUCACUGACCCUGUAGAUGGAGAGUUAAUACUUUUGAUACAGAGAGCUGACCAGUUGCAUAGUGGUGAUGCUGAGCAGAAGCGGGAAGGAUUCCAGUUGCUGUGCAAUAAUAGAUUACUGUUUGGGGAACAGCAAGACUUUCUGUGGAGACUUGCACGCUCCUACAGUGAUAUGAAUGCGCUUACUGAUGAUUUAACAGAGAAGAAAACCUUUGCCUUAGAUGGGAAAGAAGAAGCUGAGCAUGCACUUCAGAAAGGAGGCCAGAGUGCCGAGUGCCACAAAUGGUUUGCCAUCCUUUGUGGGCAACUAUCCGAGCAUGAAGGCAUUCAGAAGCGCAUUCAAAUUGGAUACAUUUUUAAGGAGCACAUUGAAAAAGCAAUUACUCUACAGCCUGAUGACUCAAAGUGCUAUUAUCUCCUUGGCCGUUGGUGCUAUCAGGUCGCUAAUCUUGGAUGGUUGGAGAGAAAAACUGCUUCUGCCUUGUAUGAAACUCCACCAAGUGCUACCAUUGAUGAGGCUCUGCAAAACUUCCUAAAGGCUGAGCAGCUGUCCCCGGGAUUUUCCAAAGCUGCAAGGGUUUAUAUUGCAAAGUGUUAUAUGGAUCUGGGCGACCUCAGUAGGGCUAACGAUUGGAUGAAACUGGCAGUGGAGCUUCCAGAUCUAACAAAAGAAGAUACAGAAAGCGCACCCCUCCUGGAGGAGCUGUUGAUGUCUGCAGCUACAGAAAACGAUCUAUUCUGACUACCUCUUCGGAAUCGCAUAUACAUAUAUACUUUAUGGAUUUACAUGCUUUAGAUCCAUUUUUCAUGAAGCUUUUAAUCUUAGGGCAAAUACUAUACCAGUAUGAAAUCAAAUUUCAGAUCUUAGAACCUAAUCUGAAAUUGUAUACACAAGUUUAGAAAACAGAAACUGUGCAGAGUUUUUGUUUUAUUCUUAUUCAGGCUCUAGUGAUGUAUGUAUUUUUUGGAGAGAAUAUGAGCGCUUGGUAGUAAUAUUGGUGAAGUGGAAGGUGUGUGUGAUAUACAGUAUCUCACAAAAGUGAGUACACCCCUCACGUUUUUGUAUUUUAUUAUAUCUUUUCAUGUGACA